AUGAACAGUCCUAGUUCACUAAAGCAAGAGAAGACUUUUAAAAAAAGAAAUAGAGCAACCCUAGUUUGCUUACCAUGUCGGAAAAAGAAAAUCAAAUGUGAUAAAGGAAAACCUUGUUCAAACUGUACCAAAACCCAACCUGAUAAGUGUAUUUACGAUGAAAGAAUACCUGAAUUAAAGAAGCGAAAGAAAUCACCCUCAAUACAAGCAGAGCUCAACACUACAAAUAACAGAAACCCCACUUUUUUGCCUAUUAUGGAAUCUCAACAGAAGGAACAGCUAGCAAAAGAGCGAGAUGUUUGUGUAUUGAUUCAGAAAUCUGAAUUGGAAGAACUACAAACAAAACUAAAACAAUACGAAAGUGCAGAAUAUCGUACUAAUAUUGGCGACAACCAACCAGAGGAUACACCAGGGGAAUCAUACAGUAACCACUAUCGUGUCAAGAAAGAAAGCGAUGAUAUUGUGUUUAACAAUAUUGUUGAAACAAGAAAAAGUUUGGUUUUCACGAAACAUGAUGAGACUAGACCAGGAUUUAUACCACUAGUAAAUGUCACUUCAGAAAAACCCCAUUUUCCUGAAAAACGUGUCACCAAAAGUAAGACUCUUGAAUUGUCAAAACUUCCUACAGAAGAAACCAACUUAAUAGGAAUAAAUCCAUAUAAUUAUCGAGAUGAUGUGAUCGACUUUCAUGAACAACUUCCUAAUACAUUUGGUAAAUUUGAAAAUAGUACAAUGUCUCCCUUAUCCUGGUCAUAUGCAAUUAGAAGUAGUUCAAUUGUGAGAACUUUGAGAUAUUUUGCCUCCUUACAAUAUCAAAAGGAAGUUGAAAAGCAAGUUGUUCCAGAAAUAACUCACAAAAAUUUAAAGAAAUUAAUUGUUCCUGGAGAUGAAAAAAUCAAAUCUGCCUUAAAUUUGGAUGGUGGUUAUGAAUCAAGAUUUCAAGAGAAAAUAAAACAAGCACUGAAUGAUGAUUUGAAUAAACAUCUGAAAACACCAGUUAACAUGGCGACACUCGCAUUAAGUUUGAGUUUGUUAAAUGGGAAUAAGGAUCGUGAACUGAGCUUGAUUGAACAAAUAAAAUCAGCAAUGCCCACCAAAAAAGUUAUCUGGUUGUUAAUAAAGCGUUAUUUUCUACUAAUAUAUCCCAUAAUCCCUUAUGUGGUCGAAGAUAAUUUCCGUGGGGAAGUCGAAAGAAUUGUUGGUAAAGAAUCAUAUGAAGAUAUCAAACCUGAAGUGAAAAUUGAAAACCGAAUGGAUUUUGCCACUAUUGGUGUCUUGUUUGUUAUUUGUCGUCUACUGUUUUUGUCAUUGCUUCAUAAUAGAGGAUUUUACAACGAGCAAAUACUAACUAAAAAAAAUCUAACUAAUGAUGAAGCUGAAAGAAAAUUUUUGAUUUUGAACAGUAUAAAAAUCCAUAACGUUGAAGUAGCGCAAGCUUGUUAUCACCAUUUGCAAAGAUUAGGUAAAAUCACACUCCCUCUUUUGCAAUGUGCUAUUUAUUUGAGGGCUUAUCGUACUUUGGCACCUGAAGAAGGUGAUGGUAUUGAUGGUGGUGAUUCCUUAGUACAACAUAGCAGUCUUGUGUCUAUGAGCUAUGUUUUGGGAUUGAACAGAGAUCCAGAUAAAAUUUCAUAUAUAAGUGACGCUAAAGUGAAACAUUUGUACCGUAAGAUUUGGUAUUAUUGUUUGAUGCAAGAAUACACAUUAGCUCAUACUUAUGGGACUCCAUUAUUUAUAAGACCAGAAUCGUAUGAUACUAAACGACCAUAUUUCAGUUUAGAAGGUGCUGGUUGUCGAGAUUUGGAAGUUGAGAAAUCAUCACUUGCCGUAUUUGCCUUCAUUUCAGCUUUGGUCAAAGGUCCAAUUAAAGACUUGGUCAUUCUAUGUAAUAAUGUGGGACAGUUAGUCAAAGUUUCAGAUAUUACCACCCAGCUCAGUUGUAUUGAGUUAGCGAUAUCCGAACUAUUGGGCAAAGUAAGUGAUUAUGUUCAUAAUUUGGAGGAAGAAUCCACUAGCUAUCACACAAACAAAAUCAUGAAGAUUGGCAUUUUGUUUCGGAUCAAUAGUUUACUCAUGACCAUGUAUUGUAAUAUGUUUACGUAUUACGAAAGGAAAAACGUCAAAUUGAGUUUUUUUUAUUUUAAGAAAUUCUUCAAGCUUUCAGUCCUCGAGACAUUACCGUACGUGUUUUCAUUAAUCACCAGAAGCAAGGAAUUAUUUGGCGAAGGUUCAGACUUAUACAUCAACCCAGCGAUAAUACUAUUUUUAGUUCGAACCAUGGAUGUUUGUUUUAGUUCUAUGGUGAGAGUUAAUUUCUUAUUAUACAAGAUGUCCCACAAACCUGACCAUCAACUAAGAUUGAGCUCUGAUUCAUCCUACAAGGAGUAUUUUGAUUCAUGUAAUAGAUUUAUCUCGGUGAUGGAAAAAGUAAGCCGUCUUUGCUUAGCAGCUUGCUCAAUUUUCAGUAGCAGAUAUUAUUUUGCCUGGGGUGUAGUGAAAAUGAGAGGAUAUUUUUUGAAAUUGAUUACCACUCCAAAGUUUUAUAAAGUAGAGAUGCAAGGAGAUUAUGCCCCCAUUGCCACAGACAGCGAACAAAUCAUCGAAUUAUCAGAAUUGAUCGAACUGGGAUUAAUGAAAUUGGAAUCACAAGUAACUAAAUAUUGUGAUGACAUUGACUUUACAACUUUCUUCAAGAAAAUUGUCUCAACUAAAAAGCUUUCUAAGCUGAAGCAGAGGAAACAGAAAAAAGCAAAUCACCAAGCACAGAAUAUCCCUGCACGAACUUCACCAGUUCCACAAUCCAACGAAUAUCCCCACUCAAACAAAUUGAGUCCUUCUGGCGCCAGCACAACUGAAGAUUCCCAUACUCCUAACAGUAUAGAUUCUAAUAACAACAGUGGAGUAUAUUCCACGGAAUUUGAAGAUUUAAAAUUUGCUAAUAGUGCUGAAAUCGAUUCAAUUUGGUUACAAAUGAUGAAUCUGAAAAGUCAUAAUCGAAAUGAUGGGUUCAAUUAUAAUUCUAACAACAAUAAUAUAACUAAUCAGCCAAACUUUAAUGGUGGAGAUAAUAGCAAAACAUUUUUUGCUAGCCCAAACACAAUUAAUGAUGCCUUUGGCUAUCCGUUACCCAAUCAGUUUUUUGAUCAAAAUUUCACCAAUUUUGCAAAUUUUAACUCAAGUGCAGACAACAAUGAAGCUGCUAUGUUUUUUGACAUGUUUGAUAAUGUACCUUUAGAUAAUUUUUUUAAUAAUUAA